AUGAUUUUUCGAUCGUGCACUGGGAUAAAUGGAGGGGGGGGAAAGGAGGAAGAGGAGGAGGAGGAGGAGGAGGAGGAGGAGGAGGAGGAGGAGGAGGAGGAGGGGGGGGGGGGGGGGGGAGGAGGGGGAGGAGGGGGAGGAGGGGGAGGAGGGGGAGGAGAAGGAGGAGGAGGAAGGGGGGGGGAGGAGGAUGAGGAGGAGGAGGAGGAGGAGGAGGAGGAGGAGGAGGAGGAGGAGGGGGGGGGGGCGGAAGGAGGGGGAGGAGGGGGAGGAGGGGGAGGAGGGGGAGGAGAAGGAGGAGGAGGAAGGGGGGGGGAGGAGGAUGAGGAGGAGGAGGAGAAGGAAGAGGAGGAGGAGGAGGAGGAGGAGGAGGAGGAGGAGGAGGAGGAGGGGGGGGGAGGAAGAGGAGGAGGAGGAGGAGGAGGAGGAGGAGGAGGAGGAGGAGGAGGAGGAGGAGGAGGAGGAGGGACUGCCCGUUGA